AUGCUCGCACAGAACCGUGUCUAUAGUCAAAACCUCGCGUACUACGAGAUCCGAAUGGGUGUUGCCUUUUUUCAUGAUAUGCAUCACCGUUGCAUUACCCACCCAUAUAUGCAAUGGGCCUUUGGUGCGGUGAUGGAAAGCAAGCAAUGCCAAGUACCGCUCGUGCUUCCACCUGCGGGAUAUCAUGGAAGGUGUUUUUUUCCCAAGCCCCCCCCCCGGGCAAGCGGGACUUCCCCCGAAUCUGCGAACAACAACGCGCCCUAUCCGCACAUGGGGGCGUCAGUGAACAACGUGGCUGGGGUUGGUGAAGUUCGCGGCGGGCGUACUGGUCUGUUUUCCAACAACUUGCCAAGCCAUUGGCGGGCAAAUUGA